AAACAAUCAUUGUAAUAACAACAACCUGUUAAUAGCAAAUUUGCACAUUUCCAAAAGCAACCAAUCAAUCUAGAACUUUCAAUUGCCAAAAGGACAUGAAGAAGCAAAUCAUCUUCUAUUUCCAUCCAGUACUUUUGGUUUUCAUAUUUUCUACCCCCACUUUGGCCCAAUCACCUGCUGCAGCCCCUAAACCUGUCCGUGCCACACCAGCUCCAGCUCCAGCAAAACCAUUGGUCCCUUCAUUACCCCAAUCACCCAUCUCUGACUCUUCUUCUAAUCAAGACAUUAUCAAGAUUCUAAGGAAGGCCAAAUCGUUCAACACGCUAAUUCGCUUGCUAAAAACCACGCAAAUCAUCAACCAAGUGAAUGCACAGUUGGUCACUACAAAAUCAGGAGGAGGUUUAACCUUUCUUGCACCUGACGAUGGUGCAUUCUCACAACUUAAAGCAGGUUACUUCAACUCUCUUGAUGAUCGCCAACAGAAAGCAUUGAUACAGUUCCACGUUCUUCCGUUUUAUGUCUCAAGCUCUAACUUUGAUUCCCUUAGCAACCCAGUGAUGACACUGGCCAGUGAUAGCCCCAAUGGAUAUCAAAUAAAUGUGACUGCAUAUGGGAAUAGUGUGAAUAUUUCGACUGGGGUGGUGAAUGCUACUCUCACAGGCAUUGUUUACACUGAUAAGACACUUGCCAUUUAUCACGUCGACAAGGUGCUUCUUCCUUUGGAUUUCUCAAAGCCUAAGCCUACAGCUCCUGCUCCCACUUUGGCAAAUGCGCCUAAAGCUGAUAAAGAUAACUCAUCUGCAGAAGAUGAUGAUAAGGGAAAAACAAACAGAGCCACUUCGGGUGCCAAUGCCAUCAACUUAAUUAGCAUUCCUGGAACAAUUUUGGAGUCCCUAGGUCUUGCUUUAGUCGCUGCAGUAAUAAUCUCCAUAUGAGGAACACCAUUCGUAGUCUGAUCCUUUCUUUUCAAAACAAGUUUUUUUCUUUUUUGUGGAAUUUUUCUUCAUAAUUUUGUCUUGGUUUGCUCUGUUUGUCCCGGGAACAGUACUGUUUUCAGAGCUACCUUGCCUUAUUUUCUUUUAUGAUUAGUUCAUACAAUAAAACGUAAUAUAUUUUGUAAGAAAGCAGAAUUGAAAGCAUGAGCCUUUUAUUAUAGCUUUGAAUUGCAAACGUC